CGAACUGUCAUGGAAGCCCCCAUGCGAACAUCUGCACUGUAAAGCCACUGACUGUCGUCCCGGUACCGUUUUCUCUGUUUUGUGCUGGUCUUUCUGGAGAUAUGAGGUAUUUGCUCCAACUGGGUCGCUCGUUCACCCGCCUCCACCUGCGUUUAUGUCACCAGAGUGUUUACAGCAACCACACCAACCCACGAGGACUGCUAGUGGACCUUGGGGAGAAGAAACUUGAGAUCUCUUCUGGGAGGUUUGCUAGAUUUGCUGAUGGAUCUGCUGUAGUACAGCUGGGAGAUACCUCCGUGAUGGUGACUGCUGUGAGCAAAACCAAACCUUCUCCGUCUCAGUUCAUGCCUCUUGUGGUGGACUACAGACAGAAAGCAGCUGCUGCAGGUCGAAUCCCCACAAACUAUUUGAGGCGAGAGAUGGGGACCACUGACAACGAGAUCCUCACCAGCAGACUCAUAGACAGGUGUAUCAGACCGCUGUUCCCUUCUGGCUACUUUUACGACACUCAGGUCCUUUGUAACCUGCUGGCAGUCGACGGUGUCAAUGAUCCAGAUGUGCUGGCUAUUAAUGCAGCUUCUGCUGCUCUGGCGCUGUCGGACAUCCCCUGGCAUGGACCCAUAGGUGCUGUGCGUGUGGGCAUGGUAGAUGGAGAGAUGAUUAUUAACCCCACUAGGAACGAGAUGACGGCCAGCAGUCUUAACCUCAUUGUGGCCGGAGCCCCCAGCAGUCAAGUGGUGAUGAUUGAGGCGUCGGCUGAGAACGUGCUGCAGCAGGACUUUUGCCAUGCGGUGAAGGUGGGAGUCAAACACACGCAGCAGAUCAUACUGGCCAUCCAGCAGCUGGUGCGGGAACAGAAGAUCACCAAGCGAACCCCGGUCAAGAUCUUCGCGGCCCCGACUGACAUGGUGGAACAUGUUCGGCAAUCAGCUUCCAAGAAGAUCUAUGCUGUUUUCACUGAUUACACUCACGAUAAGAUUUCAAGAGAUGAAGCUAUCAACAAAGUCCGACUAGAAACUGAGGAGGACCUAAAAGAACGAUUCCCUCAGGCUGAGCCCUAUGAAGUCAUCGAAUCCUUCAACACUGUGAGCAAAGAAGUCUUUCGCAGUUUAAUUCUAAAUGAGUACAAGAGGUGUGAUGGGAGGGAGCUGACUGCUUUAAGGAACAUUUCCUGCGAUGUGGACCUCUUUAAACCGCUGCAUGGCUCCGCUCUGUUCCAGAGAGGACAAACACAGGUGCUGAGCAGUGUCACGUUUGAUUCCCUGGAAUCCAGUAUCAAAGCAGAUAUUAUCACCACAGCUUUGAGUGGCAUCAAAUCCAAGAAUUUCAUGCUUCAUUAUGAGUUCCCUCCGUAUGCAACCAAUGAGAUUGGAAAGAUGGGAGGUAUCAACAGGAGAGAGCUUGGACAUGGGGCCCUGGCUGAGAAAGCUCUGAGACCAGUCAUCCCUAAAGACUUCCCUUUCACUAUCCGGGUCACCGCUGAGGUGCUUGAGUCAAACGGAUCUUCCUCAAUGGCCUCCGCAUGUGGAGGCAGCCUCGCUCUAAUGGAUGCAGGUGUUCCCAUCUCUUCUGCUGUGGCAGGUGUAGCAAUUGGCCUCAUCUCCAAGGCCAACCCAGAGAAACCUACUGAGAUCGUAGACUACAGAUUACUCACUGAUAUUCUGGGAAUAGAGGAUUACCUUGGAGACAUGGACUUCAAAUUGGCGGGAACAAACAAGGGCAUCACUGCGUUACAGGCUGACGUGAAGAUCCCAGGUUUGCCUCUGAAGGUGGUCAUGGAGGCCAUCCAACAGGCCACAGUGGCAAAGAGGGAGAUCUUGGGCAUCAUGAACAAAUGUAUAGCAAAACCCAGAGAGACGAGGAAAGAGAAUGGACCGGUUGUUGAAAAUGUCCGGGUGCCUAUUUCCAGACGAGCACGCUUCGUUGGUCCGGGCGGUUAUAAUCUUCGCAGGCUACAAGCUCAAACAGGUGUGACAAUAAGUCAGGUGGACGAGGAGACUUUCUCUGUGUUCGCUCCGACACCAGGAGCCAUGAGUGAAGCUCAGGACUUCAUCAGUGAAAUCUGCAAAGAUGAUCAAGAGCUGCAGCUGGAGUUCGGUGCUAUCUACACUGCCACCAUUAUUGAGAUAAGGGACAUCGGUGUGAUGGUGAAACUUUAUCCCAACAUGAGUGCUGUCCUGCUGCACAACUCACAACUGGACCACAAACGGAUCAAACAUCCGAGUGCUUUGGGUUUAGAGGUGGGACAGCAGAUACAGGUCAAGUACUUCGGACGGGACCCAACAGACGGCAGAAUGAGACUUUCGCGGAAGGUGCUCCAGUCUCCUGCUGCAAGUGUUGUGAAGACGCUAAGCGAGAAACAGAGCAUCUCCAUGGGUUCAAGCAACGGCCAAACCACCAGCACCGAUUUGUGACAGAACAACACAACGGGCUUGCCAACAAAGUGGAUUUAAACUGAGUAGAUUUCUCAACAAAUUGUUUUUUGUUGAGAAAUCAACCAAACAAAGAGCAACAGUGCUGUACACAAAGAGGUUUCACCGGCUGUAGUGGGAAUGGAUGGGAUUAAACCGCAUCACUCAUCAAAUACAGCUCCCUGCUGUCAUCAGUGGAUGUGCACCAACUGAAAAGAACACUGUGCAGGAGAAACAUUUUAAAGUUUCAUUUUGAAGGAUAGGCAUUUUACAGUGUCUUUUUUUCAGAUCGGCCACCUCAGUUAUCAUUGACAGCAUCAAGCAGUUAGAGUUUUUUUUUUUUUCAACAGUUCCUCCAAUCGUCCAGCAGCUUUCACUGUGCAAUGUAUCAAUGGUCUCCUUAUUCACAUGUGUGAUGAUGCUGCUCUUGUGGUUUGAGAUUUCCAUAUUUGGCGUCCAGUAUGCAAGUGUGUCCUCUAAGCUGCCAGGAUCAUGAUAUGGACAAAGAAAGCAAAGUGGGAGAACGGUGCGUACAGUUAUUAUUUUUUUUUUUUAUAUUCCCUUUACUAAGGGGUUGAAUUUACAGUAUAUGUGAGUCAUCUGCAAAAAGUACAAUAACUGGUUGCUUUGUAGUGUUAAUUCAACCAUUUCUAGCAAAGUAUAGCAUGGACACAUAAAGUACCAGACUUCUACGUAUUCAACAUUCAGAUGCGAACAAAGAAAAACCCUUAAGUGCCACAAAUCGCACUCACAGAGAGAAAUGUCAAUACAACCAAUUAAAACGGUAUAAAGCAAGUUUUAACAUGGAUUACAAGAUAUGAUGGAGAAAUACAUGCACUAUAAUAAAAAAGGGAUAAAACAUCCACCCUGAAAUAUGCCUGGUUGUUUCGCUACUGUCACCACAAGUGAAAAGGCUGACUUUAUACAUUGAAACGACUGCUUGAUAUUUGGAGGGUUCAGCCGGUGGGCUAAAUAAUCUGAUGUUUAAGGGUUUCACCUACGAGAUGUACAACCCUGAGUCUUAGGGAAUUGGUAAAUACCCACGUCAAGAGCUGUAGUCCAUGGUGACUUUAUAAUAGACUAAUUAAUUUGGCCCCUGGCAGAAUUUGUAGUUAAAUUUAAAAGUCUCAACCCUAAAUUUGUGGCAGAAAUAUGCAUCAAAUUAAGUUGGAAUCUCCACGGGGUAACAAUUGUAAUACAAUUAACUAAGCUCUGUCAAUUCAUAAGCUCUUCUGUUAAGUAAAUGUUGAGAACUGAAAUCAGUUUUCUAAUUAAAAUAGAAAAACAGACACUAUCAGUUGUAUAAGUGAUGUCCUGCUUUGGGUAAGGGAAGUACAGUACUUACUGCAGCAUGUUUUUGUUUUCUGUUUUUUUUAUAUACGCCUGAGAAAUCUUGGGAUGCUCAAUAUCUGUACUAAUAAA